AUGUUUGCUGGUCGUCGCAGUCUCUUGACCAUGGGCGCUAGCUCCUCUCGCUCUCUCUCGACUGCCGCAACCAAGCGCGUGGUGGUUGUGGACGGCGUGCGCUUGCCCUUCGCCAAGUCCGGCACUGUCUACAAGGACGUGAUCGCCUACGACAUGAUGCGCGACGCCUUCAAGGGACUUAUUAACAAGACAGCCAUUGACCCUAAGAGCAUCGACUACGUACUGGCCGGUACGGUGAUUCAGGAGGUCGGAACGUCCAACAUCGCGCGUGAGGCGGCGUUGGGAGCUGGCGUCCCUAAGCACGUGCCGGCACACACGGUCACCCAGGCCUGUAUCUCAUCCAGCCAGGCCAUCUGCACGGGCGCGGAGAAGAUCCUCUCGGGUCACGCUGACAUCGUGUUGGCUGGAGGCGUCGAGACCUUCUCGGACGUGCCUAUCCGCUUCUCGAAGCCCAUCCGAGAGAGACUUAUUAAUGCCCCCAAGGUCAUGAAGAAAGGCCCUUUGGCAGCGCUGAAGCUGCUUCAAGGACUGAAGUUCUCAGACCUCGCCCCAGUCGCUCCUGCCAUCCAGAACUUCCACACAAGAGAGAUCAUGGGCUCUUCGAGUGACCGUCUGGCCACCAGAUUCGGUGUCACAAGGCAGGAGAUGGAUCAGUAUACUAUCGACGCCCACCAGAAGGCCUACAGAGCCCAUGUGGAGGGCAAAUAUAAAGGAGAAAUCCUGCCGUACAAGGGCAGCACCGAAGAGAAUGGAGUGAACCCCGAUUCGACGCUCGAGAAGAUCUCGACACUGAAACCUGCUUUCAUUAAGCCGCAUGGCACCCACACGGCCGCUAACUCGUCCUUCUUGACAGACGGCGCGGCUGCUACGUUGAUCAUGUCGGAGGAGAAGGCGUUGGAUCUUGGAUACACGCCCAAAUCGGUGCUCAAGGACUGGCUUUUCGUUGGCGUGGAUCCGUUCGAGUCUUUGCUGCUGGGCCCCGCUCACGGUAUUAAGCGGAUUUUGGAGCAGAACAAGUUGAAGUUGAGCGACAUCGACUACUUCGAAAUCCACGAGGCGUUUGCUGGACAAGUGCUGGCCAAUCUGAACGCGUUGGCUGAGCCCAAAUACUGCAAGGAGCUGUUCGGAAUCGACCAAGCUGUCGGACGUGUGCCGUCGGAGAAGCUGAACACGUGGGGCGGGUCCCUAUCGCUCGGACACCCGUUCGGUGCGACGGGUAGCCGAUUAGUGAACACAGCUUCAAACAAACUGCAGAAGGAAGGUGGCAAGUACGCUCUUCUGGCGGCCUGCGCAGACAGCGGACUUGCUUAUGUCGGCUUGAUCGAGAACUACAAGAAGUAG